AUGUGGGGUGCAGAAGAUGGCUACAAAAAUGAUGGAACUGGUGAACUGGAAUCAUUUAAUGUUACUUGUAACUCAUCUAGGGCUAUCUCACAUUUUGCCUAUGGAAUUACUGCAAAUAUGGCUGCUGUAUUUUUGUAUGGAAGUAAUUUCGUUCCUGUCAAAAGAGUAGAGACUGGCGAUGGUAUGUUUUUUCAGUGGGUUACCUGUGCAGCAAUAUGGGUUGUAUCUAUGUUUGGAGACUUGAUGCUUCAGUCACCCAAGUUCUGCCCAUUUGCAAUGCUUGGAGGUGUGCUUUGGGCCACAGGAAAUGUAGCAGUUGUUCCAUUUGUUAAAGCUAUUGGCCUUGGUCUUGGCAUCUUAAUUUCAGGAUCCUCUCAUUUGUUGAUGGGCUGGGCCAGUUCAAGAUUUGGCUGGUUUGGGAUUGCUGCACAGAACAUUUCGCGUCCAAUAUUAAAUUAUUGUGGAGCUGGGUUGUGUCUGCUAAGUGGGCUGAUCUUUUUCUUUGUGAAAGCGGAUGUAAAGCUACUUCACAGUUCAGAAACAACUCCAUUACUGAUUGACAGAAGAACAAAUUCAGGCAGCUAUGGACAAAAUUCCUCUGAAUCCUGGAUUGACACCAUCGGACCAAAGAGCAAACGAUUCAUUGGUUUUCUCCUUGCUGUUGUGGCGGGCCUCAUGUAUGCUUCCUCCAUCAUACCGGUCCUGUACAUUAAGAGCCAUUCUGUGCACCAUGACAGCAUGUUCUAUGAAUCCAGUGUCUACGAUCUCGACUAUGUCCAUGCACACUGCUGUGGUAUUUUCAUUGCAAGCACUGUGUACUUUGCCAUCUACUGCGCUGCCAUGAAUACAAAGCCGAAGCUUUACUCCAGAGCUGUACUUCCAGGUCUGCUGUCUGGACUCAUGUGGGCAAUUGGGACAUACUGCUGGUUCCUGGCCAAUAACUACCUGAAUUCUGUCAUUACAUUUCCAAUUGUCACAGCGGGCUAUGGUCUGGUUGCUGCUCUGUGGGGGUGCCUGGUAUUUAAAGAGAUUAAGGGCUUGGCCAACUGCCUGAUCUUCUCAUUGGCCUCAUGUGUUGUGCUGACUGGAUCUAUGCUGACUGCCAUAUCAAAUCUCUAA